CCCUGCCUCCAACCUGAAGUGAUUCCUCCUGGAACAGUUCAGUCGCCCCUGCAGUUCACCUUUGCCCGCAGUAAACAGGCGUGCAAUUUGGGUUUAAUGGAGCUGGGUUUAUUGUUCCUCUUUGGACUUACAAUUACAUCGACUGCAGGGUCAGCGCUGCCCCGGCCUCGCUCCCCGCUGGUGCCGGCCGGCGGCGAGCCGCGCUCGGCAGCGCUGGGGCAGAAGGAGCGGGAGGAGAGCGAAGCGGCGGCGCUGACGGCCGGCGGCAGGGCCAAGGUGGACGGCGGGGCGCUGCGACGGCGGGCCCGGCGCUGCACUUGCUACACCUACAAGGACAAGGAGUGCGUCUACUAUUGCCACCUCGACAUCAUUUGGAUCAACACCCCCGAGAGGACUGUUCCAUAUGGGCUGUCUAACUACAGAGGCAGUUUUAGAGGCAAAAGGUCUAUAGGCCAGAUUCAAAGUACUUUCCAGUCAUUUCGGUGUUCUUGUUUGGAUGCUCAUGACAAUAAGUGUAUGCAGUUUUGCAGAAGAAUGCCAGACAGAAGAAGAAAUCAUGGAUCAAUGAAAAAGGUAGAGGAGAGAGACCAAUGCAGUGAAGAGAAGCACACUUUCAUUCAGUAGCACAGAGUAUGGACGAUUCCGAACAGUCAGCUUUAACAGUUAUUUGCUGAAGCUCAGAAGCAAGAACUUAAACUACAACUCUCCCUUGAGAUGGACAAACUUGAUGCUUCAGUCU